UCGGAUUCAACCGGGUCCGGUUAGUAUCGUACGAAUCUAAAAAACCUAGAUAAUCUAUAUCUAUAUGUUUAAAAAUGUCUUUAAACAAUUUAUAAAAAUGUAAAAACCAAUUCCGUACAGACGCGCAUGUCAAGCUCUAGUUAUUUAUUAAGACUGUGAUUGUGCAACGUAAAGGGAAAUUGUUCUUUUAUCAAUUUUGUGUACUUUUGAUGAUAAUGAUGAUAACAAAUUAGAUUUAUUAUUCAUAAAUUUAUAAUAAAAUAACGCUUGAUACAAGUUCAAUAUAACAAAGUUCAAACAUAUUACACUUCUAAUAUCAUAUAAUUUCAAACACAAAAUACAUAAGUUUAAAUAUCCAGCCUAACCUAUUUUAACAAAAUAUUUCUGCAUCAGCAUUAUAUAGUAAACUUUUGUAAUUUAACCAAUCUACAAAAAUUACACUAAAACAGAAAGCAUCAUCUUCAAAAACUUUACUAGAUCAGACUUCUUUGAGAAGUUUUCUCUCAUUAGUUAAACACAUAAAUAAAUAAAGUAUUGCUAACUUCAUCAUUAUAUACGAUAAAGUUAUAAAGUUCAUUUAGGAGGUCUGAAACUGAUACACAUGAACAAAUAAGAAAUUUUUAAAAUUAGUUUUAAAUUUGGAGAAAACGCAAGUUCCUUAAAAUUAACGUAGAAGAUUCCUUGAGAAGUUUACUCACAACAAACUUCUUUAGAAAUCUCAUUUUGCGUUAUUUCUGCAAUUACAAGUUAAGGAAUGAAGAAUUCUCAAGAAUAUGCUCUAUUAGCAGACUUCUUGAGAAGUCUUGUUUUGUAUAUUAUUGGGUUACUUUUGUAUUUAGAUAAAUUUUUGAUUUACUAAAGUAAAUUUCUCUAAAAGUCUUCUCUUGUAAUAAAAUUAGAUCAAAAGUUUGCAAAAACUUAACUUUUUCGUCUUAUUACGUCACAUGAAGUCUCCGAAAUGUUGCAAGAAAUCUACAUAGAUUAGUUAUGCAUUUGUCCAUAUUUGAUUUUAUAAGAGAAAGCGUUUAGAAAAUAUUUUAUUAUUCUUUAGUAAAUUACAAAACUGAUAUGAGCUGACUUCUUGUGAUACCUUAGAGACUUCUUCUGACAUGGGAGAAGACUUCUUUGCAAGUUUACUAUGAAAAGUCGAAUAUCUGAAAAAAUUUGGUCAAAAGCAAAACUAACCUCGUUUUAACAUAGACUUUUUGGGAAACUUACUCGAUUUUUUUGUUAGAUGAGAAGUCUUCGAUGUGAAAAUUUCAUAUAUAAUACAUAAAUCUGGUGAGAGGUCGUAUUUAGCUUCUUCAAGUACCCAAUUUUUUUUAGUAAAAGAUACCCACUCAUUAUUGACCAAGAAUCAUCAAACUUGAGUAACUUUAAUAAAAUAUAAUAUUAAAAUCCAAAAUUUUGAGUUUUUAGGAUGAAAUUAGAGAGCAUAUUCAAGAUAAAUGAUUUGUGUGUGUAAGAAAUGAGAUGAGAAGAUGUAUAAAUUGAUUUCUAGUUGUUAAUGGUUGUUGGUGAUAUUGAAGACAAUGACAUUUUCGCUAAUAAACGAUGAAGAUAAGGAUCUUUGAUUUAGUUAACAUAUUUUAGAAGUAAAUAAAUAAUAACAUUUUUUCGCAAAGUAGUUAAAUUUAUAGGUUGAAUAUGGCAAAACAAAAUUAAAAAAAAAAAAUUGUAUUUGAAAAGUUUGGUAUUUCUACAUUAGUAUUUAAAAAUUAUAUUAGUUUUGUAAUUGUAUUUAAAAAACAUAUAUAUAUUUGGUAUUUAUACAUUAAAAUAUAGUAAAUACUUACAAAACUAGCUCUUUAGUAGCUCGAACACUGGUUCGAUUGACGAAUAUGCGAGGGUAACCAAUAGACCACUUAGAUUAACAUGUUAACUAAUAUAUUUUGUAUAUAUAUAUUUGAUUCAUUUAUUAAACGGGUACCCGAAACUGAACCGAAACCGAACUGUAACCUCAUAAGUACCUAUUAGGUAUAAGACUGAUUUAUUCGAUAUACCUAGAACCGAAUGGUUUCUACCCGGAACCGAACCAAAUACUAGAAUGUCCAGGGCUAGUUUAGAUCAUUUUUGUUAAAGUCCUAAAUUGAAAUGGUUGGUUUAUAAGAAAACACAUGUUAGAAAUAUGGUCAAUGGUCAUUGCUUUUGUCAUUUUUUCUGCAGUAGUAGUUUAACUGUUUAAGAUUGGAUAUUCACCAACUAAAUGAUGUCUUUUCCCCCGUAAUUUGAUAUUAUUAAUUUUUUAAAAACUAUUAUUAGGCUUAUUUUCCUAUAUUGAAUUAGUCUUUACAUUAUAAAGAGACAACUAUUCCAGCCAUCUGGAUUCUGGGCCAAUAAAUUUAUAAAAAAAAAACAGACUUAUUAGUUAGAACACUUUUAAAAUUUUACAUAGUAGACUUGUUCAUGUUUGUUGUAAAUCCCAUCAAAUCAUGCAUUUAGCAAGUCUUCUGUAAAUUUUCUCGUAUUCAUACAUAUUCUUUCGUCAUAGCAGACUUGCAGGGUGUGCCGUAAAUCAAUUGAGCAAGUACGUCGUCAUAACUUAUAAUUGAUUUUUUUUGUCUAAUACCAAAAAAAAGGUAUGUUUUAGUCAUCGCAUACUUGCAUGUGAUUGAAUUUUUUUUUUUGUUUUUGCCAUCCAUCCAAAGCUAGAUCAAAUGAUUGAUUUUCUAUAUCUGCUAAAACUGUCAAAACAUCGACUAAUACUAAUCUACUAGGUAACUCAUCGUGUUUUUUUUUUAGAAAUCAUCGUGUUAAGGCAUAAAUAUAAGUAUUUAUAAAAUUAUAAUAUUAAAAUAUUCUUAUUAUAGAUUUUAAAUUGUUUCGUAAUUUUAGAUUUAUAAAAAUAAAUAAAAUGUUUUAAACUAAAUUAUGUUAUUAUUUUAAUUAACAUAUGAUUUAGAGAUUUUAUUUAUGUUAUCUUUUGGUAUAUUAGAUUGUAACAAUGCCUCUAAAUAUAUUUAUUUCAAUUCAUAAAUAUAUUUCCAAAAAAAAAAUUAUUGUAUCCUCUAAUAUUUUAUCAUGAAUUUAUUUUUUUAAACCAAUAUUCAUCCAUUUGUUCAGGUCCCAACUCAUCUAUCAUUAUGAAAUCCAAUUUGUCAUUGAUCGAUGGAUUCUUACGACAAAAUAUUUUUGAUGCUAUUUACCAUUUUCACUGGUAACUCUUUUCCUAUCUUAUGAAAAGCUAUAAAGCAGGAACUCGAGAUCUUAUGACUAUUUUUCAGUGUUUUUUUUUCAUGAUGGCAUAUAAAUCUUAACAUACUGAUUUUUUUUUUGCUAAGAAAUCUUAACACACUGAUGAUAAGUCGAAAACACUCCUAUUGUUGUAUUGAUCCACAUGGUGCCGAGGAUUGAAUUAUAAAUGGAUGCUCUUCAUAUCUCCAAGAACUCUCUAGUUGUUUUUCUUCCAUUCGCUCAUGUGUGUAUAAACACUUAGUUGUUUGCAUUUAUUUGGUGAAGCCAUAAAAGAAAUUUCAUAUGAUUAUUUUUAUACAUUAUAAAAUAAAAUUGUUGAUCAAAUUAUGAUGUAGAUUUCGGAAUAAGUCUUAGAUGUCUUAGAAAAUCUACACGUUGUAGAUUUCUCUAUAUUAAAUAUAAACUUCUGAAGGAUACAAUUAUAAAAUAACUUUUUGAUUUUUUAGUGGUCACAGUGUGUAAAUAAUAAUUCUGCUACUCCUUUAGGUUUGUUUGUAUUGAUUUGAAUAUAGGAUCUAUUUUUUCAUUUCAAAUCAAAAUUUUAGGUUAUUUUGGCAAAUCCCCUUUAUUAAUCUACCACACUAGAACCUAGAAGGUGAUACAAGGAAAACGCUAUAUUACAAAUCAGUAACUUACAGAAUCGUGGUGUGUACGUAGUCAUGCAAAUAAUAUUUUGAAUAAAGAUAGAUUAAGUUAUUAAUUGACUUGUUAAACGUUUUUGAACUGCCACAUUGAAACAUCCGAACUACAAAUGUAUAGAAUAACUUUGGACCACGUCAAAUAUGGCAUACGCUCUUACCUUAUAAAUACUGAGCUAAAAUGCUUCACAAUUUACAACACAACAAACAUAUAAAACACACUUGGAAACAUAUUACAAAACCACUUGUUUGAAAAUGAGGGUUUCAAUCCUGAUUACCGUAUUAGCUGUAGUCAUUUCCUUUGCCAAAGCUUAUGAUCCAAGCCCACUCCAAGACUUCUGUGUCGCAAUUGAUGACCCCAAAAAUGGAGUUUUUGUGAAUGGUAAGUUCUGUAAGGAUCCAAAGCAAGCCAAGGCAGAAGAUUUCUUCUACUCAGGCCUCAAUAAGGCCGGAAAAACCAAUAAUGAUGUCAAAUCCAACGUGACAACAGUCAAUGUCGAUCAGAUUCCAGGGCUAAACACUAUGGGAAUAUCCUUGGUUCGCAUAGACUAUGCACCAUAUGGCCAAAACCCACCUCACACGCACCCUCGCGCCACUGAGAUCCUUGUUCUUUUGAAGGGAACAUUAUACGUCGGUUUCGUUUCUUCCAAUCAAGAUAAUAAUCGUCUAUUCGCCAAAGUAUUGCAGCCAGGUGACGUUUUUGUAUUUCCCAUAGGAAUGAUACAUUUUCAGGUGAAUAUUGGGAAAAAUCCCGCGGUAGCCUUUGCGGGACUGAGUAGUCAGAACGCUGGUGUCAUCACGAUCGCAGAUACUGUGUUUGGGUCAAACCCACCGAUCAACCCGGAGGUUCUGGCUAUGGCGUUCCAGUUGGAUGUCAAUGUUGUCAAAGACCUUGAGGCCAAGUUUAAGAACUGAAUUUGAGUCAUUAAGAGUGUAUGUCUUUGUACCACUCAAGUAAACAUAUAAUAUGAAUUAAAAUCUACGCGUAAAAUAAAAAGGUGUAUCCACCUAAUUUGAUAUUGAAUUUUAAGUUUACUUUUCCUUAAUUGAUUUAGUCUUACAUUUUGUAAAAUGUCACGGUAAUAAAAGUUACUUGCAUAUUUGAAUAAGUCUUUAA